AGGCUGGAAUUGUGACAUGCACGGUGCAGACGGGAGUUGUAUGCAAAGGCGUGUGUGAUUGUGUGUGUUUACCGGUGCACAGGCGUCACACAGCCCCAUUUGCGUAACUGUAGCCUGCGAGGCACAAAGCGGGAUUAUGGGAUCACACCUACAUGCCGACGCCAUGCAAAUGCCGUCAGCACGAGGGCGAGAGGAUGGAGACAGAAAGUCAAGUGGGAGGAAGCGACAGAUGAAAGAGUCUCUGGAAAAAGAGACAGGAAAGACGUCAGCUGCUUUGGGUUUAUACGACCAUAAAGCCGCGCACGCGUACGAGCACCAGGCUUCAGUCAGCAGUGACGACGCGCCCUCACGGGUUCACGGUGAACGAGGAGCCUGUUGCUCUCCUGUUUCCAGCGUCUGCUCAGAAGUCGUACCCAUUCUCUCUCCCUCUCCCUCUCUCCCCUCUCUCUCCCUCUCGCCCCUCUCUCUCUCUCUCCCUCUCCCUCUCUCUCUCUCUCACUGAACUUGUCUCCGUGGGCUCUUCAGCGAUGGAGAACGGCACCAGCGGGAUGCUGAGUGGCGUGGACUCGCUGUGGGAGAGGGUGGAGUGCAAGCGCUACGACCUGUGCCGCAACAUCUCGCCGGCCAAGCUGACGCCGUACCUGCGCCAGUGCAAGGUGCUGGACGAGCAGGACGAGGACGAGAUCCUCAACUCCAUGCUGCUGGCCUCCAAGGCCAACCGCACCAGCCGGCUGCUCGACAUCCUCAGGACCAAAGGGGAGCGCGGGUACGUGGCCUUCCUGGAGAGUCUGGAGUUUUACUACCCUGAGCUCUACAAGCUGGUGACGGGGAAGGAGCCCACACGCCGCUUCUCCACCAUCGUGGUGGAGGAGGGCCACGAGGGCCUGACGCAGUUCCUGAUGAACGAGGUGGUGAAGCUGCAGCAACAGUCCAAGGUCAAGACGCUGCAGCAGGUGGAGCUCAGCAGGCAGAACUGCACGCUGGAGGACGAGCAGAAGAAGCUGCGUCUGGCCAACCAGGAGCUGCUGGCCUUCCAGCAGAGAUACAAUAAGAUGAGAGAGGAGAGGAACACCUACAGCGACGAGCUGCUGAGGGUCAAGGAUGAGAACUACAAGCUGGCCAUGAGGUACGCCACGCUGAGCGAGGAGAAGAACAUGGCGGUGAUGAGGAGCCGGGACCUGCAGCUGGAGAUCGAUCAGCUGAAGCACCGGCUCAACAAGGUGGAGGAGGAGUGCAAGAUGGAGCGGAGGCAGAGCCUGAAGCUGAAGAACGACAUCGAGAACCGGCCCAAGAGAGAGCAGAUCUUCGAGCUGGAGCGGGAGAACGAGAUGCUGAAGAUCAAGCUGCAGGAGCUGCAGUCCAUCAUUCAGCCCGGACCCCUGCCCGAGUCGGACAAGGCCAUCCUGGACAUAUUGGAGCACGACAGGCAGGAAGCUCUGGAGGACCGACAGGACCUGGUCAACCGCCUCUACAACCUGCACGAAGAGGUCCGACAGGCCGAGGAGCUAAGAGACAAGUACCUGGAGGAGAAGGAGGAUCUGGAGCUGAAGUGCUCCACGCUGCAGAAGGACUGUGAGAUGUACCGCAACCGCAUAGACACCAUCGCUGUGCAGCUGGAGGAGGUGGAGAAGGAGCGGGACCAGGCCUUCAAAGCCAGAGACGAGGCCCAGCACCAGUUCUCCCAGAGCCUCGUCGACAAAGACAAGUACCGCAAGCAGAUCCGGGAGCUGGAGGAGCGGAGCGACGAGCUGCACAUCGAGCUGGUGCGCAAGGAGGCCAAGCUGGUGACGCUGGACUGCCGGCUGCGGCGCGUGUCCAAGGACGUGGCCCUGGACCAGAGCCUGCCCAGAGACCUGCCUCCGACCAUCAUCUCCCAGAGCGAGGACUUCAAGGCGCCUCGGGCCCAGUCCGAGUGGUCCAGCGACGAGUCCCCAGAGGAGAAGUUGGUCAACAAGGAGCCGCAGGAGCCUCGGUUGAAGCGCAGACCCAACCUGAAAGCAGUGAUCAAAUCCAAGCCUCCCAUCCACGUCCCUAAGGAGAGCCAGGCCGACUCUCCGGCUGCAGGCUCCAGAGGAGAUUUCCUGGCCAUUCAGAUGCCGAACACGCACGUGAAGAGCUGCUCGCUGCCUCCCUCGCCCAGCUUCCCCGUGUCCCCCACCUACCCGUCCUCCCCCGCUCCCCCGCUCUCGUCCUCCUUCCCCUCGCCGCUGCCGCCGCAGGAUCAGUGCAGCUGGCACAAGAUGCGGAACCGUGACAGCAUCAUGUCCAUCCUCCCCGAGCCCCCGGAGAAGGCGUCGCUUUACCGGCGAGAGAAGGAGAAGGAGCACGAGUUCCAGCCGCGCAGCCUGUCGGACUCUGAGAGCGACAACAUGGAGAAUGAUGAGCGUGGUCCUCCCUCGGUUCACUCCUCCUCCUCCUCCUCACAUCAGUCAGAAGGGAUGGACAUGUACGACAUGGAGCAGGUCAACAACUUCUUCAGGAAGCUCUCAUUGGACAGGCCGUUUCGCCCCUCGCUCUCCUCCUUCUCCAGGAUCUCGUCCGUGAAGGUGCUGGAGCUCUCGUUGCUGGGAGACAACCUGCUGAAGGACGUGACGCUGGUCGGGGGCAACGACAGCGGGAUCUUCGUGUCGUCGGUUCAGGCGGACUCGGCGGCUGAGAGGGCGGGGCUGCGCGAGGGCCAGCAGCUCCUGAUGCUCGAAGGCUGCAUCCGUGGGCAGAACCAGUCGGUUUCACUGGACACCAGCACCCAGGAGGAGGCCCACUGGACCCUGCAGCACUGCUCCGGGCCCGUCAAGCUGCGUUACCGCACCAGCUACGACUCUUUCCGCCGGCUGCAGAGGGACAUCAGCGACGGCACGCUGUCCUCGGGCGACUCCUUCCACAUCCGGGUCAACCUCAACAUCUCCGGCCAAUCGGACAGCUGCUCCCUGAGCGUGCGCUGCGACGAGGUGGUGCACGUCCUGGACACCCAGUACCAGGGCCGCUGCGAGUGGCUGUGCGCCCGGGUCGACCCGUACUCCGGCUCGGACCUGGCCGAGCGCGGCACCGUGCCCAGCGAGUCACGCGCGAAGCAGCUGCUCCUGGUGAAGAUUCAGAAGUUAAUGUACCGCGGUGGGAAGGAGGAAAGCGAAACCCGUCAGAACCGGGUCAGUUUGCAGCCGGACGACGCCAGCCCGCUGCCGGACCCCAAGACCAGCCCGCGUCUGUCCAGAGCCAGCAUCUUCCUGACCCAGAUCAUACAGUUCGUCAGCAGGGUGGACAUCAAGUACAAGCGGAUGAACAGCAACGAGCGCGUGAGGAUCAUCAACUCAGACGCUGCUGACCCAGACAAUGAGCCGAGCAGGGACUUGAACCUGAUUCCCUACAGCACCGUCACGCCCCAGCGGACCCAGAGGAGGAGGCCCGUUCUGUUCACUCCCACGGUUCUGGCCAAAACCCUCAUCCAGAGGAUCCUCAACAUGGGGGGAGCCAUGGAAUUCAACAUCUGCAAACCAGACGUCCUGACCAAAGAAGAGUUUCACCUCAAACAGAACGUGGAGCCUUUCAUUCACUACAAGGAGAAACACGCCACAUUUGAAUGCAUCACCCGAGAAAACAUAGAGGCUGUGGCUGCAAAGGGCAAACACUGCCUGCUGGAGGCCGAGCUGAGCUGCGUCAAGGACCUGCUGCGCAGAGAGAUCUACCCCAUCAUCAUCCACAUCAAGAUCUGUGAGCGGAACCUCCGGAAGAUACGGAAGCUGCCGCUGCGCGUGGAGUCGGAGGAGGAGCUGGUGAGGCUGUGUCGGGCCAAGGAGAAGGAGCUGGAGGGGAUCCCCUGCCUGUACGCCAGCCUGGAGCCCGACGCCUGGGCCGGGCCCGACGACCUGAUCCGGGCCGUGAAGGACCGGAUCCUGGACGAGCAGAAGAGGACGGUGUGGCUGGAGCAGGGGCUGCUGUAGACGCGUGCAUCCGUGCUUUCACACACUGAGACAUGAAUGCAUUAUAGAUUUUGUAAAUGUGUGCCUUAGAAAUAAACAUAUUUAAAAUGUA